AUGAAGCGCCAAGACGAGUACGAUGACGUUCCCUUCGAUGAGGAGGACGAAGACGAGGACUUCGAAGACGAGGAAGAUGAGGACGAGGAAGAAGAAGCUGUAUGCAUUAAUGGAGAGAGACCACGCAAACGAGCCGCCAACCCCUUCAUUGAUGAAAUGGCACUUGUCGACGAAGACGAAGAAGAGGAAGAAGAAGAGGAGGAAUAUGGAAGAGAAGAUGGCUUUAUCGACGAAGAGCCUGAGGAGAUCCCAUCGGAAGCAGCCAUGCAACGACGUCAUUUGGACCUUGAUCGACGACGACGUGAAAUGGAGGGUAUGGACGACGAGCAAGUUGCUGCUUUUUACGCCCAAAAGUAUGGUGGUCGCCGUGCACAAGCAUUCAAGUCAUCCGAGGAGAUUCCACAACAGCUGCUUUUGCCAAGCGUCACUGAUCCAAACCUUUGGGUUGUCAAAUGCAAGCCUGGCAAAGAACGUGAUAUUGUACUCGGCAUCAUGAAACGCUAUUUCGAUCGACAAUACAGCGACCAACCUCUUGAAACGUUUUCAGCUUUCGCAAGAGAAUCUUUGAAGGGUUACAUCUAUAUUGAAGCGAGAAGACUUGCCCAUGUUCAACAGGCCAUUGCCAAUAUUCCCAACAUCUUCCAGACCACCUUGCAGCUCGUUCCUAUCAAGGAUAUGGUUGAUUCGAUCAACAUUCCAAAGAAGGAGACUGAUAUUCCUGUUGGCGGAUGGGUGCGUGUUAAGCGUGGUGUCUAUACUGGUGACCUUGGCAAAGUGCUUGAAGUAUCGGAUUCACAAGACACAGCUGUGAUCAAGCUUAUACCACGUCUUGCCCUUGAGCCUCAAGAAGAAGAGAUUGAGCGUAAACGAAAGAAAGGUUCAACAUCAGCAACACGACCACCUCCUCGUUUCUUCAAUCCAGAACGUCUCAGCAAACGUCACAUUGCCAGCUUACAAAAGAAGGGUCCUUACUGGGUCCUGGGUACUGACAGCUUCCGUGAUGGAUAUUUGGAGAAAAACAUGAAGGUGUCAUCAUUGCAAAUUGAGGAUGUGAGCCCCUCGUUGGAAGAGAUUACUCGAUUUAUUGGUGAUUCAGGUGGCGAUGGCGAUCGUGCUCUCGAUUUAUCUGCUGCUUCACUUCAAUCCGUCAAUGAUGCUCAAGCAACGUCUUUGUUACAAACCGGUGACACCGUCGAAGUCAUCGAAGGUGAUAUGAUUCACAGCGUUGGAACGAUCGACAAUGUCAGUGAUUCAUCAGUGGUCGUAUCUCUCAACUUUGGUGGAUACGCUAAGCAAGUGACAUUGCCAGCCAAGCAAGUACGCAAAAAGUUCAAUGCUGGUGACCACGUCAAAGUAAUCCAUGGCCAACGCAAAGAUGAAAGUGGUAUGAUUGUCAAGGUCGAUGGCAAUGUUGUUACGAUGCUUUCCGAUAUAUCCAUGGAUGAAGUUCAGGUGUUCGCUAAGGAUCUUCGAGAAGCUGCUGAUGUUACGCUUGGCAAAACCGUUAUGGGCAAUUAUGAGUUGCAUGAUCUGGUUCAAAUCGACUUCCAUACUGUGGGUGUCAUCAUCAAAGUCAACAAGAACUCUGUCAAGGUGCUCACUCAAAAUGGCGACGUUCGAACAUUGGAACCACAUUUGAUUACAAGUAAGCUCGACAGCAAGCGAGCUAUUGCCACAGAUGCGAAUGGCAACAGUAUAACGGCAGGCGCAACUGUAAUGGAAGCACGAGGAGAGCGACGCACAUGCACUAUUCUUCAUGUAUAUCGACAUUUGGUCUUUUUGCAUUCUCGAGAGAAUAUGGUGGACUAUGGCGUAUGGAUAUCACCAACUCGAAGCGUCAUCAGCGUAGCUGCCAAAGAACGUCCUAAUAUAUCACAACAAAAACGUACACAACAACCUAAUGGACCUAAUUUCCGUGGCGGAUUUGAUGGUCGUGGACGUGGACGUGGUGGACGUGGUGGAUUCUUUGGCGGAAGAGGUGGACGUGAUCAUUUAGUAUCCAAGACUGUCCGCAUCACACAAGGACCCCACAAGGGAUACAUUGGCAUUGUCAAAGAUUCCACUGAUACAAUGGCCCGUGUCGAGUUACACACCAACUGCAAAGUUGUCAAUGUUGAUAAAACAAAGCUUGUGCUUGUCGAUGGCAAUGGUGGUACGCUUGGUCCUGUUGUUAGUGAUACCCGAGGAGCAUCUGAUUUUGCAGCACCACGUCCAAUGGCUACACCAAAACGUUAUGGCGAUGGUGCAAUGACUCCAAGACAUUACAGCGAUGGAUCCAGAACUCCACGACAUUUGGCUUCAGGUGCACAAACUCCAGCUUGGGGUAUGAACAACCGCACGCCCAAUCCUUAUUCAUCAGACAAUUCAAGAAGUUCAGCAUGGGAUGCAGGAGCCAAGACACCAAAUCCAUAUGCAUCUUCUUCAUAUGCAGAUGGUUCAAAGACACCUGCAUGGGAUUCGGGUAGCAAGACACCUUCAUGGAAAGCUGAGACACCACGUUGGAGCUCUUCAGGUGGUCGAACACCAGGAUAUAAUGAUUAUGGCAACAAAUCACCCACAUGGAGCAGUCGAUACGAUGACAGAGAAACUGCACCAACACCUGCACCUCAUACAUUGGCCCCAUCCACACCAGCAGCAUCAUCCAAUAAUGUUGCACCAUCACCAGCACCCUAUCCACAAACUCCUGGAGCUAACUAUCCACAAACACCCUACGACAGCGCACCUACACCUUAUGAUGGCGCACCUACUCCAGGUGUAAAUCUAGCACCGGCUACACCAGCGGCAGUGAAUGCUCCAACACCAGCAGCUCAUAUGCUUAGUGCACCAACUCCUGGUGGAUACAUCCCAUCUACUCCAGCAGGAACUGUACAACCUCAAACGCCAUUUGUCCCUGCAGGUGGUGAUUAUGGUACUGUUGAUGAUCAAAAUGAAGAUAGCGAUGACUGGCCAAUUGAAGAUAUUGAAGUCAAGCUUACAUCAUCUCAUGGAUCAGGACAAAAAGGACAAUUGGCAUCCAUUAUUUCGGUCGAUCAUAAUGGAAGGACGUGUACCGUUAGGAUGAAUGAAGGUGGUGCACAAGAACAUAUCCCCUUCACCAAAAUGGAACCUGUAAGGCCGAGCAAGAAGGAUCCCGUCAAAGUGUUGCUGGGUCAACACCGUGGUGGUAUUGGUGCAUUGAUUGGUGUCGAUGGGCAAGAUGGUAUUUUGCGACUAAGAGGUCAAGGCCCAGCUUUCAAGUUCGUCAGCAUCAAUGCCGUCGGCAAAUACACUGGUGAUGAAGCAUUGGAUGGAAAUAAUUAA